UCGCGGGAAGUCGUAAAAAAGGUCUACGCCAUCGAAACCGCGGAAGGUGUUGGCGCGAAGGUCAGGAGAAGCAUUGGAACACCACAACUUCGUAACUUCUCUCCUUUCCUUAUGCUCGAUCAUUUUCAUCUAUCGGAAGGCGACUCUUCAGCUGGCUUUCCAGAUCAUCCACACCGAGGACAGACAACAGUGACUUAUAUGCUUGAUGGAUACUUUCAACAUGAAGAUUUCAUGGGACACAGCGGUAAAAUCGGACCUGGAGAUCUUCAAUGGAUGAUUGCAGGAAGAGGUGUGAUGCAUGCAGAGAUGCCUUUGCGAAAAGAUGAGAACGGGAAUAAACUACCUGCACCUGAUGGAUUGCAACUUUGGGUAGACUUGCCCGAGAAACACAAGAUGGACGAAGCAUCUUACCAAGAAUACUCAAAGGACAAAGUACCUCUUGCAUUGCCACGUGCCGAUCAACCCGAAGAAACUGAAGGUAAAGGUUGGAAAGUAAAGGUGAUUUCUGGAAAGAGUCAUGGAGUUGAAUCACCCGUUCGUACUCCAGAUCGUGGAGGAUGUUGGUACUUUGAUGUGACUCUUGACUAUCCCGGAGCACGUAUAUUCCAAGAAAUUCCCACGGGUUACAACGCCUUCAUUUACACUUUCGGUUCCGCCAAAGUUCGGGUCGGAGAUCAAAGUACGCCGAGUGGACAGAAAGAAUAUGAACAAUACAAUACUCUUGUCUUGUCCAACAAAGCUCAGGUGACUGAUCCAAAGGUAGAUCCUUCCACUGUUCCGCAAGAGAACGGUGUUUGGAUUGAACAUGCAGGUGAAGAAGGUCAAGAAGCAAGAUUUGUCGUCAUUGCAGGUGAACCUUUGGAUCAAACUGUUUUCCAACACGGUCCAUUCGUCAUGACAAGUCGCGAAGAAAUUAUGCAAACAAUGAUGGACUUCCAAUCCGGCAAGAAUGGUUUCGAACGUGCUCCCGGCUGGCGUUCUAAGAUUGGU